AUGGAGGGGGGUGAGACUACAGAAUCUUCUCUCGUCAAGAGGGAAGGUUCUCUUGGUCUUGGUCCCAGGCCUCCUUCUGCCAACAUUGUCAAGCUCGAGGGCAACGAUGUCGGAAAUCAUGUCUCAAUGGCCCGACCCGGGACCAUGGUUCAGACGUCGGUGACAGUCGAAAGCGAUGGUGAUGAGGAUGCUCGAGCCCCUCGCCCAGGGGUUACAUCGUACAAAGAUGAAAAUCACGUCGACGACCAAUCGGACUGCAGCAGCGAAUUAUCUGAGCCAGAAGAAUAUUCCGAUGACGAUUUCGUCGACCCUGCUGAAGCUCGCAUUGCGUCCCGACAAGAGGAGAAACAACAUCAGCCGGCCAAAGAGAAGUCGAGGACGCCACGCCGCCCAGCAAAGAACGUCGCCGAAUAUGCGGCCAGGCUCUCCGCCAGCCGCAAGGAGGCAUUCCUCAAGUACAUGGUGAGUAACAUAGGGCUCGUUGACCAAAGAGGCUUCAUCCCACCACCGCCGGCUCGAAACAAGUCCAAGAAGAAGCAGAAGAGCACCGAGGUCACACACACCACUGCUGUCCCAUCCUACAUGCCUUCGUUCUCUGGUGUUGAAGAAGAAGAACCCACUUUCGUCACGAAGGCGGACAACAUGAAAGAGAUUGCCAAGUGCACAAACAGCGUAGGCAACAACCGUCAUGGCAAGACCCAGAAGCGGGAUGUCAAAGAAGGCUCCAAGGUCUUCGGUCGAGCCCAAGUCAGAUGCUACCACGCAGACACGCCAGCUGGCCCAGAACGACGCUAUCAGAUCAAGGGCAUGAUGGCCAUGCUGAAGGAAUAUCAGCUUCCUCUCGCGGCUUGGUGGGUCCUGCAAGAGCACUCAGACAUUGGCCCCCAGGGCGGCAUUGUCGCUGAUAUGCCUGGUUUUGGCAAGACCAUCGUCACUCUUGCUGCAAUCCAUGCAAUCAACCCGAGACAGCCAAACGAGACGCAGAGAGGGGGCGGACGCUGGUAG